AGUCUAGCUAUGGGUGAUAACAUUCAUGCUCCUACAGUGGCCUCCGGACCUACAUCUGGAGGCAUUCAGAUUGACUGGUCGAAGCUGUCAAUGCCCGAGCUGAUGCAGGAGAAGGAGAAGAUCGAGGAGGAGCUCAAGGCGCUCAGCGCAGUUCUCACAUCACAUGGGGUGACUAUGCGCUCGACUCUCACGACCUUUGACGGCUACCCACGCGACGACAUCGAUAUUCCACAGGUACGAGCUACGCGCGUGCGGAUGAUCCACAUUCAAAAUGACCACAAGGAGAUCAUGAAGUAUCUCGAGAAAGGGCUACAUGCACACUUUGCACAACUACAGAAAGCCCAAGCAUCUGCUACCACCAACGGUACUAGUGUGCCUUCGACCGCACCACCUGCUGGGAUCGAGAACAGCGUCGCAGAUGCGAGUGAACUCGGAACACCGUUCGCCAAGGUCAACAGUGUUGAACCAGGGAGUCCGGCGAACCAGGCUGGCCUGAGGGCUGGGGACUUGGUUCGGGCCUUUGGCAGUGUGCACUGGUUGAACCAUGAACGUCUUUCCAAGGUCGCAGAAGUGGUUCAGCAGAAUGAAGGGCGACCAGUGGUCAUCAAGGUAUCGCGCAAGGAGGAGGGUGGAUCCCGCACUACCGAGGCAGAGCUGCAGCUCACUCCCCAGCGUAAUUGGGGAGGCCGAGGACUUCUGGGAUGUCAUUUAGUUCCGCUGUAG